GUAGGUCAUGUGUCCUCAAGGUGUCUGUGGGGCAUACCCGAUUCAGACUGGUGUAAUCCACGCACAUCCUCUAGUCCCUCGUCGCCUUAGGCACUAAAACAACAUUGGACAGCCACGUUGUGGGAAAAAAAUCCAAAACUACCACUGUUUAAAAAAAAUUACAAAAAUACCACCCACUCCAAAUAAUUUCCAAAAAUACCAUCGUUUAUAUAAAACCGCGCCUCUAAGGAGCGGUUUUUAAUGAAACCGCGCCUCCAGGCAGCGUUUUACAUUAUAACCGCGCCUCCAGGCAGCGUUUUUAAUUUCCAGAAAAAAACGCUUCUGGAAGGCGCGGUUAUAGGCUAACCCUACCACAAAACGCUUCAAGAGGGAGCGUUUAAAUGUCGGCAUUACAAACCGCCUCCCCAAGCGGCGGUUUACAAUGUCAGGACAUAAACCGCUCCCCCAAGGCGCGGUUUGUGCCUGGUCACCCGACAGCCAACAUGUCGGACAUGUCGGCAUGCAGGGGGUAGGGCUGGUAGGGCUGCAUGGCAUACCUAAAACCGCUCCCCCCCAGCGGUUUUGCUGCAAAAUUUUCCUAUAAAAGGCGGUUUCAGAGAACUCAAUUCUUCACACCUCCUCCUCUUCCUUCUUAAAAUUUCAGCUUUAAAUUAUUUAGUUUUUGCGAUUAACGUUAAUUCGUAAGUUUGUUUCGUAAUUACUUUUCAUUGUCCUUUGUGAUUUUAUGUUAGUAACUUAAUUACUUUUCAUUGUCCUUUGUGAUUUUAUGUUAGUAACUUAAUUAUUUUUCAAUGUCAUUUGUGAUUUUAUGUUAGUAACUUAAUUACUUUUCAUUGUCAUUUGUGAUUUUAUGUUAGUAACUUAAUUACUUUUCAUUGUCCUUUGUGAUGUUCGUUUACACCGAGGUCGUCGAAGGCAGUGUAGGUCAUUCUGAAGAUGGCCAAACAUCUGGUAUCCACGGUGGGAGUGUAUUAUACGAAGAUCAUCCCCACCAGGAUUUCCAAGAUUUGAGCUGGAGGCAGGAGUAUCAUCAUGGAACUGGAGGAAGUCAUCAAUCCUUCCCUUCAUAUGAAGAAGAAGCUCAACAGGCGGAUUACAACCAACAAGCAGGCUACCAGUACCCACCCGAGUACAACUUCUAUCAAAGCGGUGUUAGUUACCACAACUACCAUUACGGAGCUAGUGAAGGUGAAGGUGCCUUUCAUGCUGAUAAUCAGAUGGAAGAAGAGGUCAAUCCAAGUCCAGUUAGUGACCCUGAGGUUGAAGAAGAGGAAGGCGAAGUUAGUGCAGACAGCGACGAUCCGCUGGAAGGUGCUGAUGAUUACGGUCCAUAUUCAGACGCAGAUGGUGAUGAGGUAGCUCACGACCGUGUACCUAUUCCAUACUACAAUCACAUUCAAAAUGAAGAUUGGUAUGUUGAUGCCGACAUGGACCCGCCAGAUGUGCCAGUAUGGGGUCCACUAACUGGCUUUACGAAGGGCCAACAAUUUGCAACAAAGAAUGAGGUCCGACACGCUAUUUCCACUGAAGCAAUGACUCGGAGUUUUGAAUGGCAAACAACCCAUUCCGACACAAAGAGGCUGAUGGUUCGAUGCAAAAAUGAAAAUGAGGGAUGCAAAGCUAGGGUCCGGGCCAUCAAGAGCAAGAGAGUCGGCCAUUGGGUCAUAUCCCGAGCGGUGAACACACACACAUGUGUGUCAUCAAUAACAUCCCAAGGCCAUCGACAGUUUAAAUCAAGGGUGGUUGCCGCGGCUAUCAAACAUCUAAUUGAGGAGCAGCCCGACCUGAAGGUCAAAACCAUCAUCGCCCACAUUUCUAGUCGUUAUGGUUAUAUCAUUAACUACAAGAAAGCGUGGCAUGGGAAACAGAAAGCAAUGGCUGCCGUGUUUGGUGACUGGGAAGAAUCAUAUGCAUUCCUUCCCAAAUUGAUUUUGGCGUUGGAGGUGUCUAACCCUGGCACCAUUUUCUCGCCUCGCUACCAAGAUGAAGAAAUUCAACUGCCGGUGCCUGGUAACAAUCGCCAAUUCAAGCUUCUUUUCUGGGCCUUCAAGCCAUGUAUUGAUGGUUUUCCAUACUGUGUUCCUGUGAUUCAAGUUAAUGGAACAUUCCUUACCGGCAAGUACAAGGGUACUCUACUGAUUGCCAGCGGAGCAGAUGCAAAUAUAUUAGUAUAUCCAUUAGCCUUUGCCAUUGUGGAGGGAGAGAAUACCGAUAGCUAUGGAUGGUUCUUCAGACAAAUUCAGCUCCAUUUCACCAGGCGGACGAACCUGACUAUCAUCUCAGAUCGCCACGCCGGUAUACGGGCUGCUAUCUUAGGCUUGGAUCCAGCCUGGAACUGGUCACAGAGAUGGUGCAUACGGCAUUUCAAGAGCAACUGGAACCAUCAUUUCAAGCGAAAGAAGCUUGCUGACAGUAUAUGGUGGAUCGGUAAGCGUUCUAAUUAAUUGUGUAUCUGUAAAUUUUUCAACUGUAUAAAAGUAUGGAGUGUUUCAAUACAAUACAACACUUAUCUAGACUCUUUAUAAAGAAAUGCAUGUCUAAGGAAAUGGGGACUUAAGCGAUCAUCAUGAUCCCCCCAUGACCUGGGAAAAUCGGGUUCUAAGCGAUCCUCGGAUCCCCCCUUUUUUGUCAAAAAGACUGUGUUUCUAAGGAGAUGUAUACCUCUCCUAAGAGUCUUACGAGUGUACUUGUAUUGGCAAUAAGGUCGAUCUGGCUUAUCUGACGUUUUUUUUAUAUUCAUCAGCUGUCGCGUACCAAGAGAAGAAAUUUAAAGAGAAGAUGCAGAAUAUCCGUCAAAUAUGCCCCGAAGGUGCGCAGUGGCUUGAUCAACAUGACCUUGAAAUGUGGAAUUUUCAUAAGGACGGAGGUCACAGAUGGGGUAUUGCCACAACAAACUCAAGCGAGAGUAUCAACAACGUCUAUAGGGAAUGUCGUGCACUCCCCAUCUCUGCAAUUGUUGAGAUGACAUUCUGGAAAACAAACAGAUGGUUCGUCAACCGUCUCCACUGGUGUGAGAAGAGGGAGGCACAGGGUAAGGUACACUCCGAUUACGUCACAAAAAUAAUGGAAAAAGAUAAUCGGAAGAGCUCUCGUCACACAGUCACUAUGAUGAACCGAAAUGCUGGCGAGUAUUCAGUCGAGACUGGGCACUGGGAGGAUGGGAGACGUGGGGGUGAUCGCCAUGAAGUCACCGUCAAGUCGUCAACUUUAGGACUAAAAAGGGGGAGUGCUUGUAGACACCACAUUUUGUCCGAGAUAAUUGUUUUAUUGAAAAUAAUUUUGUCACGUCAUACUACAAUUAUAUUUAAAUAGAAGUUGAAGAUAGUUUGGUUGAGACUAGCAGUUGCAAGUCAAUAUGAAUCAACAAUUAUCAAAUUUGCUCCUAGUCGAUUCUAGGGCAUAGUUAGUUAAGAUAGGAUCAGUUUAAGUUAAGAUUAGCAGUGGCGAAUCUUAAAUAUAAAUUCUCAUUUAGAAGGGAGAAAUGACUAUAGUGCAAAUUUGGUUGCUCGAGUUGGAUUUGGAUCUGGUAUUGGUAAUGGGACAAAUUGAAUAGCGGAAUGAGCUUUAUUAUAAAAAAUUCAAAGUUGAUACAUUGUACAACUUGGGUACUCUGAAUAAAGCAAAAAUUAAAUG